UAAAGUUUUGUAACCACAGGACAGAGGAAGGGGAGGGUUCACCUCGAUGGAAAUGCAAACUUCAUCUAGAUUUCACAGAAACUGAGAGAAACGAUGAGAGGAGCAUCAUGGCUGAUCUUGCUGACAUCAGAACUUCUCUGGGCAUCAAGCCGAGUCCUCCCAGUUCCUCUGACUGUGAUUCCCAGCAGAUCUCAGUUCUUUGAAUAUGAAUCAGUGACUCUGAUCUGUGAGGAUGAAAACGGAUCUGAUGGAUGGACUGUGAGGAGAAACACAAGCAGAGACACCAGAGCUGAGUGUGAGGACUGGGGUCAACCAGCGAACUCUUCAUGUACUUUAACUGGUCUCGUCCCAUUAGACACUGGUCUGUACUGGUGUGAGUCCAUGUCUGGAUCCUCCAGCAGCAGCAGCAGCAUCCAGCUCUCUGUCUCUGGUGGAUCAGUGAUCCUGCAGAGUCCUGUCCUCCCUGUGAUGGAGGGAGAUGACGUCACUCUGAGCUGCAGAGCAAAGAAUCCAACCCACAACCUCCCAGCUGCUUUCUAUAAAGAUGGCUCCUUCAUUGGUGAUGGACCAUCAGGUCACAUGACCCUCCUCCAUGUUUCCAGCUCUGAUGAAGGCCUCUAUAAAUGUAAUGUCAAAGGUCAUGGAGAGUCUCCAUCCAGCAGGAUCUCUGUCAAAGAGAGAAUCUCCUCCACUCCUCCUCCACCUUCCUCCUCUCCUCUUCCUCUCUCCACGGUCCUCUCUCUCUCCUCUCUCGGUUUUCUGCUUUUCUUCCUGUUCCUGGUUCUGCUGACUCGGCGCCUCUGCAGGAAGCCAGCAGGCAGAAACUCAGCAGCUGUUUAUUCACCGACAGCAGAAGCUCCAGACAGAACCGGGUCAGUCACUGCUGCAGACUCAGCAGCUGAUUAUUCAUCGACACCAGAAGCUCCAGACACAACAGAACCCGGUCCAGAACCGGUUUACUCAUCGGUGAGGAGAGAGAGAGACGUGACGUACGGGCCGGUCAGCAUCAGGACCAGGAGAGAACCAGCGGCGGUACCAGAACAACACGUGGUUUACUCCCUGCUGAAGUGGAGAGUGACCCAACCGGACCCGGCCGACCCGUCCAGCUGCUGACCUGACCUCUGACCUCUGACCUCUGGACAGCUGCGGUCCGAACCCAGAGCCCGACCAGAACCAGCCGGUUCUGUUGAUCUGGGUUCUGUCCUGCUGACUCAUCAUUUAAAUUCAUUAUAACCUGAAAAAAUGUUAAUAUUUAUACAGAGAAAAUAUUUAUGUUACCAAACCAGAGAUUUUAGUAAAAUUCAGUUUUUAUUUUUUUUCAUGACUUUGUUUAUUCUUCAGGUUGUUGCAGGAAUUUAACGUUGAUUAUAAAAGUUUAAAGCUGAUUAUAAAAGUUUAGAGCUGAUUAUAAAAGUUUAGAGCUGAUUAUAAAAGUUUAGAGCUGAUUAUAAAUGUUUAAAGCUGAUCUAGGAAGAUCUUUGUGUCACAUCUACUUUAUGAAGUUCUAGUUGAAUCAGAAAAAUCGGCUUUGAUUAUUUAUUGAUGCAGAGAAAAUCAGCAAACUGAAGAGAGACGAAGAGGAGCCAGACGAACCCCUGGAAAGACACAAAACAUCUGGAUUCCUGCCCCUCCACUGGGCAGCAGGGCAACAGGGAGGGGCAAUAAAUCCUGUUGGGGUAAAAAAGAGAGGGAAAGAAAUGAAUAAAAGAUUUUUAUUGAUG